AUGUCAAUUGUUUCGUUUCUAAUGCUUUACUCAACAGUUUUGGUGACAGCCGCUGUUGAUGCAAAGCUAUCGAAGCUUCAUUAUUUACCCGAGACGGACAUGAAUGUGGUAAGUACUUAAUGGUUUCAGUCCAGUCAUGGUUGCAUGCUUAUAGACAAAACUGAGCAGUCUUUUCUUUAAUAACCGAUAAGCGCGUCACAAAUCUAUAAUACCCUCAUUUAUGAGUAUACUUAAUAAACUAAAGCACCAUUUGGUAAAUGAUAAUUGUGGUUUCUAUUUAUGAAAAAUCGACAUACGACUGAAAUGCAUGAUGAAUACAUAUUUCAUAUGACUGCGGCAAACUAAUGUUAAACGGCCAAGUUUCGCUCUACGCUAUUUUGAAUCUUCUCACUCUUUCUUUUAAUUAUUUAAAAUGCUUUGUUGGGGAAAAUGUUCCAAAUAUGCGAUGAAGAUUCGGUAUUUUUGCGUUUUCGGGGAAAACAAAAUUGCUGAAUAAAAAUAAUUUGCCUUCAAACGAAUAAGUGUUUAUGUCAAUACCUAAACAUGAACAAUUAUGACGCUUACAGCAUUGUAACGAACACUGAGGCUCUAAAGGUUAAAACGGACAGAGAAAAGUUGGCUCUGUCCUCUGUAUUUAUCUGAACAAAUAAUAACCUUUGCGCUUUGAAAAUGAAAGGCGAAGCUAAAACGUCGAUGACGUAUUGCCUACAGGUAACGCCACUGGUAUCCCUGAACUUAUGCAUACUGGCUGGCUGCACUGCUGCUGAACUAACUUGAUUUUUGUUAUGAAGCGUUGAAACUGAUUUAAAUUUUUUUUCACCAAUUUGAUUUGUGAAUUAGUUACAACCUGUAAAAUAUAACGACUCACUAAUUGUAACUCACUCAUAGCAUUUCGUUAAAGGUCGCAACGGGAAGCGGACUGCCAGCAGUCGUUUUAUUUCCUCAACUGAGGCACGCGAGCUGACUUAUGAUUAUGGAGUUAAAUCUCGCGGUUUUGCUCUCGUUUCUUUGUUCUGCCCUGGGAUUUUUCGCGUUUUUAAAGAAACUAGUCAAAGAGAAGACUGGUCAAAGUCCUUAUUCGAAAAGUGGUUCUUGCAGAAUGGGCUUUUCAGGCAGUGACGCGAAGAAAGGGACUUUAAGAUCUGACAACGCGAUGGCAACGAGAACGUAAAAGAAAUAGGUUUAGAUGGCAAAACAACAACUUUAAGCGUGCACCAUACCUUUUUGUAAAUUUUUUUGCCGUUUUUGCAUGACUACGACGUGAAAUUGCUUGUCAUUAUUACAUUUUAUGGAGGAAGUAAACAAGCGACGACGAAAUUUUAUUUCUCUUUCUCAGCUUGGAUAGGGAUCCUAGCAAUUCAACUCCAGGGGGGUUCUCCUACUUUGAACUAUAAAAGUAAAUGGGUAGGAAUAAUCGCGAUAAACACUGGAAGAAAGUAAAUUCACUUUUUAUACGACGUUUUCGCUGCCAUCGCUUCGUCGGGUCGGAAAUCCCUUAUUUUAGCCAAGUCACGCAACCCCGAGAGUUUUGGGCUAAAUCUAUAGAUUAUUUUUAAUGUUGCGACAACAUUUGGCUCCAAAAUCGACAGCAACAACGACAACAAAACAAAAAACAAAGGUUAUUUAGAAAAUGUGACGCUCUGCAUUUCCAAGAACUGUUAAGACUUUCGUCUAUUAACUAUGCUGUGUCGAAGUGGAAUUUGGAUAUGUUGGGUUUUGAGGAGAGGGGGAGUGCCAGAAUAAAACCUCUUGGAGAAGAGAACCCAGGCAGCAUUGCUUUGGUAAUAAGAUGAUUGCUCUUAUCAGUGCGCCAGCUCUUCUCCCCACACAUUCCACAUGGAACCUGUCAGAUUCUCUCAGUCGACUAACAAAUACUAAAAACCUUGUCCUGUUCAGAGACCUCUAAAGUCAGAUUGAGUAUGAGUAAUUGUGUAAACCAAGCUCGCGUCGCUUGACCUCCACUUAUAUAAGGCGAAUUGUUUCGAAUUUUUACGUGUCUCAUAAAUCGUUACCUACACUGUGCAAAAUUUCUAGAUAUAUUAAUUUUCCGAACAAGCACCAUCACAUAGUGAUAGUUAAAAGGCCCGCAGAGUUUAGAGAAGCAAUACUGACAUCGCGAUCAAUUCUUUCCUCUUUUAAUAUUUUGCAGACCCAAAUCAUCCGUUACAAUGGGUAUCCUGCCGAGGAGUACAGCGUUGUUACAGAUGAUGGUUACAUUAUUUACAUACAAAGGAUACCAUCAGGAAGAAAUCAGGAUCCCAGCAGCGGUCCAAAGCAAGUGAUAUUCCUCCAGCACGGUCUCCUUUGCUCCUCGUCUAAUUGGGUGACUAAUUUACCGAAUGAGGGUUUUGCUUUCAUCCUGGCUGACGCAGGAUUCGACGUUUGGUUGGGGAAUGUAAGGGGAAAUACGUACGGUCUUCGCCAUGUAAAGUACCCGGUGCAUUCUGAUGAGUUUUGGAAUUUUAGGUCAGACAGUUGCCCCCUUUUUAACUUAUGUCGCGUAAGCUAGGGUAAAACGGGCUGCAAAAGCGUGCCAAUUGUUUCGAAGCAUUGGUGCAAAACGGGCGAAACCUGUAGUGCAAGUUGCAACGAUCAAACCUGUAGUGCAAGUUGCAACAAAUCUGGUUGCUGCAAGUUGCGUGAAUACUGACUUCUGAUUGGAUGAAAUAAGGCGGGAGUCACGCCAUACACGGGAGUUGCAAAACAAGUUUGCCAUGGGCCGUUCAAACGCGCAUCAUGUACAAAUUUUGGUGCAAAAAGUAGAGCUACUCUUCUUUCUGAAACAACUUUUCAAAACCUGCAACAACCAGAUUUGUUGCAAGACAGGUUAAGGUCGUGGGUGGUAAAACUCUCAACAUCGCUAUUGAACUCGUUUAGCAGCAGUACUGCAAAAUAAGUUGUACAUUUUUUGUUGUUACCGUACGUUUAGUUAUAGCUGGCCUGGGAGGCGGGCUAAGAGGAACUGUGAUGUAAGGCCGCGAGUAGGCUCUUCAUUUGGGGGUUUUUGCAAGUUCUCUGGAGGCUCGCUACACAUACGACUCGUCGUGAAUAGCUUGCUCUCAGGCUCUUUUGUUGGUCGUUGAGUCACAGUAGAUCGAGAGAACGCUUGGUGGACGAUCGGCAUAGGCGCCAGGAACGAUGGCGGAAGCUUUUUCCUCUCUCCACCCCAAUCUCUCCUCCUUUUUGCCAUUAAUUUACAUCAUUUUACUUUUACACUCGCCGCGCGUGGCUCUGAGGAAAAAAGGACGACCGCUUGCGGUCUAUAGGAAUUAGGGACCUUACGACACUACGACGGCGACAGCAAGGAGAACGUCAAAAAAAAAAAAAUAGGUUUAAUGAGCAAAACAACAACUCUGCACGUGCGUCACGCUUUUUUGUACAUUUCUUUGCUGUCCCUGCACAACAACGACGCGAAAUGACCACACUUUAAGUUUACUUGAGUACGGGAACGACAAGGCGAUAAAUUCUACCAUCUCUGUCUGAACUCGGGCGGGGCCCCCUCUCUUCAGCUCCAACCAAAAUUCCCUUGUUUUAAGUAACAGUGCGAAUUGGGAUAAUCGCGAAAACGUCUAAAAGGAUGCGAAGUCCAUUUUUCAACGAGGUUUUCAUGGAGGUCGCCGUUGUCGGAUCGUAAGGUCCCUAUUGUAACGACGAGCCCCCCGUAAAUGGCUAUACAUAUACUGCUAUUUACUACUCAACCUGGAGAAGGGCCAUCUCCCCAAGUUCUUUUCAGGAAAACGUCGAGCAGGCGUAUUCAUCACUCAACGAAAUGUUCUAACCGUUAAGCGGCCCACGUUACACAGACUUGGUAAUAAAUGGAUAAAAGUACAAGAGAAAUUGUAGUUAUAAAAUGUUUGUUAAUCUUGUAGCUGGGAUGAGAUGGCAAGCGAAGACCUUCCCGCCAUGUUGAACUUUGUUACAAACAAAACAUCACAGUCCUCGAUAUAUUACGCUGCCCAUUCACAAGGAACCUUGAUGGCUUUUGCCGAGUUUUCCAGGAAUAAAGAAUUAGCGAAAAAAGUGAAGAAGUUCUUUGCUAUGGGACCCGUGGCCACUGUGGGCCAUAUGGAGAGUCCUAUUAAAUAUCUUGCUGAUUGGAUACACGAAAUAAAGGUAUGAUGUUAGAUGAACACCGUAGGCAUGUAACCCUGAAGCGUAGACCUCUGUUCCAAUGCAGGGGUUUUCGUGAGAAACAAUCUAAAUUUACCUCCUAAUUUUGCGGGAAAAAACUGAUACACAAGCAACAGUAGACUUGCUACAAGUCGACCUCUUAGCCGCGAAGCGGCCGACCGCGAGAUCCGACGAAGGACUUUUUUGAAAGUCUAAAGCAACAGGUUUAGAUUAACUUUGCAAGUGCAUCAUACUCCUUUGUACAUUUCUUUGCCUUCGGUGAACGACUAGAACCUGAAAUUUCUUUUCAGGUUUUUAAGGAGGACGCGAACCCUCUUGUACCUUCCUUGAAAAUUCAACUCCACGAAAAUUCGCCAACAUCUGACAAAUUGAAGAGGUGGAAUAAGAGCCUUAAAGCCAUAACCCAUAAGUUAUCUUUCUCAAUUUGGAUAUGGUUCUCAAGCCCCGUGCAAACAGACGCAACAUUGUUGGCCAAAAACUCCCAACAUUAUUAGAUUUUACAUGUUGCGUCCGUUUGUACACCCUGUUGCAUGUUGUUGGAUGUUUUUGGGAGUUGUUGCGCAAACGGACGCAACAUUGUUGGAUGUUACAUGUUGUGUCUGUUUGCACACCCUGUUGCAUGUUGUUGGAUGUUGUUGGGAGCUGUUGCGCAGAGUUUAAAACCGGUCAAACUUUUAGCUCCGUGCAAACGGACGCAACAACUCCCAGCAUUGCGGUGUCCGUUUGCACGUAGCUUUAUGAGUUCAACUCCAGGCCCCAGUUGUUCAAAAGGUGAUAGCGCUAUCCACUGGAUAAAUCUCUGUCCAGUGGAUAGCGUAAUUGGUUUCCCUAAUACGUAUCCACUAGAUUGUGAUUUAUCCGAUGGAUAGCGCUAUCCAACGUUUAAACAACCCGGGCCAGGAGCGUUCGAGUUAGUGAGAACCUCUGUAUGGAUACCUGCGGUCAACGAUUUCGUCGCGCCUUUUCCAUCAAAUCGUCGGUUUCCUCAUCAGGCGAACUGAUCGUCGCAUCACAAGAAUUGUUUUGCAUGUUUUGAUGAUGGAAACGAGAAAACAAGCAAAACAAAAACCGAGCGUACGGCACACUUUUUUCAGUGGUAGAUUUCUUUGCCGUCAUUGCACGACUAACGUUGUCAAACUUGAUUAAAAUCAAUUACGAUCGUCGCGACUUCGAUUUCGUGGGAAAUACCCAUAUAGAGGCUCACCUGAGUUGGAAUAAUCGCGAUGAAGAUUGAGAACGCGAAUUCACUUUUUAAGCUUCGUUUUGGCUGCCAUCGCCUUCCUCGGAUCUUAAGAUCCCUAUUAAUUAUGGAAAAUCUUCUUAAUUAAUUCUUUCUUUUUGCAGUUUUUGUUUGGCGUUCGUGAUUUUCUGCCGUCUGAUGCCAUUAUUCGUUGGUUGGCUAAGAAGGUUUGCUCAGAUAAAGACUUGGAAACAUUCUGCUCCGACAUAAUUUUUAUCAUCUGUGGCUUUGAUAAGAAGCAGCUGAAUGAGGUAAGCAAUACUGAGUCAAUAAAAAGAUAAAUCUCAUCCGAUUGAAGAAAUAUAUAAAGCUAUUCCAAUUAACGCUAGGCUGAUUUCGCAAGCUAUAAAGUUAUACGAGAAAGAGGUCACGCUUGGUCACCAAUGAUGGCAUUUCAUCGCUUGCUUGUCGGGUUGAGUUUUAGCAAGUAUGUUCAUCAUACUGAAUUCAAAUUCAAAUCGUAACACUCUCAUUGCGUUAUUCUAAGCGCGCUAAGUUUACACAUUGUCGCGCGCAAACAGUUUCAAAUUUAAUAUUUUAGUACAUGACUGUAAACUGGGUAAUAAAGACCCAAAUCACAAAGACCUAUUUUUUGUGGGACUCAUCCCUCGUAGUCCUUUAUCCCACAACUAUUAAUUGACAUUAUUAUAGAAGGGUCUGUAAUUUGCAAAAUGUGUAUGUCCGUUCAACGUUUCUCAGGUGAUGUUUUACUGCCCAGCAUCCGCCAGCAGCAUUAUACUCAAAAUUUGUAACCUCUAGUUUAAGUUUUUUUUUGUUUGCUUUAAUGACAGACUCGACUUCCAAUAUAUUAUACACACACGCCAGCUGGAACGUCAGUCAGGAACAUGGUUCACUUUGCGCAGGUAAGUUCACUGAUUUGAGCUUAACCCUUAAGGUCCCAAUAUAGCAACAACAAUUUUCUCCUAACAAUAUCCAUACACCCUCAAGAGAUAAAGUUAUGAGAAUUAAUAAAAUGAUCAUCAUAGAGAAACUUCCAUGAUCUUUUAUCAAAUUCUCUCAACUAAUUCUUAAAGGAGAUGUAUGGAGAUCAGUUUGGAGAAUUUGUAUGUGGAUACUGGUGCUUAAAGGGUUAAUGCCUGCCGAUCAAUCAGCGCCGAGUAUCCUAACACGCAAUUAGGCACGAUUUCUUAUGCCAUUUUAAUCACAUCUUUCUCUGUAAUUAGAUGUACAUUUCCAAGAAGUUCCAGAUGUAUGAUUACGGAAGUUCAGAGGAAAACAAGAAGCACUAUGGGCAGGUAUGCUUUAUAAAGACAGGAAUAAACCGAAAAGCUCGGUUUCUUCUUCAUGAAGUAUUAAAAAAGAUGUUACUGAGAGCCCAUAAAGGUCGAGUAGAUCCGAAACACAACGGGUGCUUAAGAUUGGUUUACAAGCACUUGGACGUAUAUUAAUCGGUGUAGGAACUUUUAAAAUAAAUAGCAAGUUUAGGACAAUCACCAGAUUGGUAAUAGGAGAUUAAUUGGGACUGCUGUGAACCUUGGUGUCGCGAGGUAAUGAUGAACUUCUCUGAAUCAUGUGCGGCAUUUGUCGUACCCGUAACACAUUUUUGUUGCACGUUUGAGUCAAGUUCAUCGCCCUUUUACGUGAAUUUUCAUAACUAAAAGUAACCACGCUCCACAGUGAGAGCAGUAUUGAAUAGAGUAGACUACAGGAGGCCAAAGUUGUCUCACACUAGCGUUACCUUGCGCGGACAGUUUAAAACCAUUUCUAGCCUGCGAGCAAGUUCUCCUAUUUGGGCGUGCAAAGCGAGUCUCGCGAGAACGGCCCCUCGCUCGCGCGUUCUCGCGAGGCUCGCCCAAAUAGGAGAGCUUGCUAGCAGGCUAAACCUUCUCCGACAUUUGUCUCUUUUAAUAUAUUUAGUUUUAAAAUGACCAGAAAGUGGCCAGGAAGCCUGCCGCUCGGCUUGCUUCAAACAGAAUUCUUUCUCGGGAAAAUUUCCAUUGACGAAUGGGUCAUACUGUUCGUCAGGGACCUUGCUUGUACCUGAUAAAUUACCAAGAGAAGCAGACACAUCAAGAACACUGCCUCUUUCUAAUUUCUUUCAUACCGUUUCUUUCUAGCCCACUCCACCUCAAUACAAUGCCUCAGACAUGACAGUCCCCGUGGCUUUAUACUGGGCACAGAAUGACUGGCUUGCUGACCCCACAGACGUGAAAGCACUUCUUCCACUGCUACCAAAUAAACUUUACAACAACUACAUCAAAAAUUGGGACCAUUUGGACUUCAUCUGGGGAAUGGACGCUGCUAAAAUAGUAUAUGAUGAUAUAAUUAGAAAUAUUGGGUGGGAUUAAAUGGAUGUGUUUAAUCCCGGAUUUGAGCCUUAAUAUAUUCAAGAAAACUCGCAAACGCUAAGUGUUCUCUGUAUAUUUUUAAUAAAAUAAGAAUCAAUUCAUUAUUUCAAAAUAAUAAGAAGUUAUUUUAAAAUUAAGAUGCGGUGAAAUGUGUCCGUUAAGCACAGUCAAAAGAACCUAGUUAAGGAUAGAAGCAUCAUUCUGCUUAAUUCGUUUUUUACAUGAUAUACAGUUAAUUCCCUUUGUUGCGGACACUGUAGGUACCUUAAGGUAGAGUCCUCAUUAGCGAAAGUCCGUAAUAGCGGGAGUAAAUUUUAGUCAAACGUCUGUAAUAUGUUUUCGCCGGGAAUUUAGCUGCUGUCCGUUUUAUUGAGGUGUCCUUUAUAGCGGGGUGUGCGCAACGCGAGAGUUGACUGUGGUAAGAAAAGUUUGGGUAACAUUGUGCCCGC